CCCUCCAACAGUUUCGCAGUGACGAAUAUUGUGUAAAGAGCUCGGCUUGGCCGAAGCAGCCGAAGAGGAAGUAGUCACCGGCCAGAUCUUGCAGGGCGGCCUCGAGCCGGUCACAGUGCUGCUCCGGCUCCUCGAAGCCAUGCAGCACGCCGCCGUUGGGGCCCAGUGCCUCCUGAUCCAUGAUGUUGCCCAUGGUAUAAGGUCGCGCACAUCAACGGCGGGCGCGUACUACGUGCGGGCGUUGGCGGGAUCAGGGUUGACGACGGCGCAUUUGCCGUCCAUGGUGCGCAUGAACAGCUGCAUGCCGUCGCAGUACGUCGACUUGCCGGAGCCCGAGCGGCCCGAUGACGAGCUGGGCGAAGGGCAUGGGUGGACGAGCGCUAUGAAGGACAAGUGCCUGUCGAUCGGCUCCACAGGUCAAGAGGAACAAGAAAUGAAAACCGUAGCUCACUUACUGUCGCUACACUUCAGGAAUAUUCCACACUCUACUCCUCCUAAGUUAUCGUAGUCCCUAAUAUAUCCUCAAUAGACAGGACAUCGUCACGUGAUAU